UAGUGGCUGUGUCUCUUUGAACUAUCUAGUUAUAUUUUAAAUAUUUUAUUUCGUGAGAUCUCGUCUUAGUAGACGCAGUCAUAAUCUCGACAUCGUGAUCGUCACGAGUUAACGUUUCGUACUGAGGCCAAAGAUACAUCACGCGUUUCAAAGUUUUAAUUUACAACCGAGAAUGAUUAAAACCCAUCACUUUUUGCCUUACGGUCGUUCGAUGUGUUGUCAUUAUUUGAUGCUCCGAUAAGGGCUCAGAUUUUAAAUUUCUUAUAAAUUGGGCAUACGUCCGUUAAAUUUACAGUUCGCGUUAUUUAUAUUCUGAUAGUAAAGUUGGGUUUUUUUAGCAAAUAAGUGGUUAUUUUAAAUAAAAAUGCCUGGCUGUGGCAGUGUUCAGCCGAAUAUUCGUGUCCCAAUUGACACUAACGAUCAAUCCGACACAAUAAAGGGAGCUGAGUAUAUCCGUGUCUCAAAAUUCUACAAGGACAGCAAGGAUGGUAAAUUUGUCAGUUACAUUCACGAAGAUGUGCGCACACUUUAUGAUUCCUUUCGCAAAGGAGCUAAGGAAUCCAAUAAUGGACAGUGCCUUGGUUGGAGGGACGGACCAAAUAAGCCUUACCAGUGGUUGAACUACAACGAAACGUUAUUGCGAGCCAAGAACCUGGGAUCUGGACUGCUGGCUUACGGUUUAACACCUGGACCACAAACUCUCGUGGGUCUUUACAGUCAAAAUAGUCCCGAAUGGAUUCUAACUGAACAAGCGUGUUACACAUAUUCGCUGGUCGUUGUCCCGCUUUAUGACACACUUGGACCUGAUGCCUGUGCCUACAUUAUCAAUCAAGCGGAAAUUAGUUUAGUUAUUUGUGAGGAUGAUAAAAAAUGUAAUUUAUUGCUCGACAAAGCUCCUCGAUGCCUGAGGAAAUUAGUUGUAGUAAAAGAAACACGUCCAGCGACAAUCCAACGGGCGAAAAACCGCGGAGUCGAAUUGUUGCGAUUCGAAGACGUUGAGCGUCUUGGAGCACAAAAAAAUUUUCCCGAUGUACCACCUAGACCUACUGAUCUAUGCACAAUUUGCUACACUUCUGGUACUACGGGUAAUCCAAAGGGUGUAAUGUUGAGCCAUCAGAAUGUUAUGGCAGGAGUAUGCGCAGUUUUGCUGCAGCUCGGUGAUCACAGACCGGCUUCCAAAGAUGUUAUGAUAAGUUUCCUACCCUUGGCUCACAUGCUCGAACGAUGCUGCGAGAACGGAAUGUACAUGGUCGGUGGAUCCGUCGGUUUCUAUGGCGGUGAUAUCAAACUAUUGCCUGAAGACAUGAGAGCUCUAAGACCGACGGUGAUGCCCGCGGUACCCAGACUUCUUAAUCGUCUUUACGAUAAGGUCCAAGCUGAGCUCCAGUCAUCAUUUUUCAAAAGAAUGAUUUUUAACAUGGGCAUAAGUUCCAAAGAAGCGGAAAUUAAAAAAUGUAUUAUCAGAAGCAAUAGUUUUUGGGACAAAUUGGUGUUUAAAAAGAUUCAGGAAACCAUGGGCGGAAGAUUGAGAUUAAUUGUCGUUGGAUCAGCGCCUCUGGCUGGUAAUGUUUUAACUUUCGCCCGAUGUGCUCUUGGUUGUCUUAUUGUCGAGGGCUAUGGGCAAACUGAAUGCUGUGCACCAAUUACUCUUACUAUUCAGGGUGAUUACGUACCAGAGCACGUGGGUCCUCCGGUAGCUUGUUGCUGCAUUAAAUUAGUUGACGUACCUGAAAUGGAAUAUUGGGCGGCUAAUAAUCAAGGUGAAGUUUGCGUAAAAGGCACUAAUGUAUUUUAUGGUUAUUAUAAAAAUCCCGAGAAAACAGCUGAAGUCAUUGAUGAACAAGGAUGGCAUCACACUGGUGAUAUUGGAAUGUGGCUUCCAAAUGGAUGCCUAAAAAUAAUAGAUCGUAAAAAACAUAUCUUUAAAUUAUCACAAGGAGAAUAUAUUGUACCGGAAAAAAUAGAAAAUAUAUAUAUAAGAAGUCAAUAUGUACAUCAAGUAUUCGUCCACGGCGAGUCACUAAAAUCAUGUGUCGUCGGAAUAGUUGUGCCCGACGUCGACGUCAUUAAAUGCUGGGCUUCUGAAAAUAGAAUACCCGGUACCCUAAGUGUCCUUUGUGCAAACCCCGAUGUCAAAAAAUUGAUCCACGACGAUAUGUUACAAUGGGGACGUGAAGCCGGUUUGAAAUCUUUUGAACAAGUAAAAGAUAUAUAUUUACAUCCCGAUCCAUUUUCAGUACAAAAUGGCCUAUUAACACCGACAUUAAAAACAAAACGGCCUCAACUAAAGGCGUACUUCAAACCUCAAAUAGAGGAUCUCUAUCAAAAUUUAGACUGAUUUCAAUAAUAAAUUGUAUAAAAUAACUUAAAACACGGAGAUAAAUCUACGGUAACAAUUACAAUAUAUUAUAGGAAUGGUUCCCAUAACCCAUGGUAACUAGUUCUUUUAGACGUCGAUUAUAGGAACGACACCCAUACAUAAUACGGUAAUCAUUCCUAUGGAUAUGGGUAUAAUUCCAAUAUGAUAUUGGAAAAGUUCCUAUGGAAUAAUGAUAAUCGUUACUAUGUUACUAUGGUAAUUGCUCCUAAAAUGGUAUGGUAAUAAUGACCGUACUAUUAUGUUAUCCAUUACUAUAAUAUUAUGGUAAAAAUUCCCAUAAUGGAUGGAAGUUAUUGCUAUAAUAUAUGGUAAUGGCUACCGUAAUGGUAUGAUAGUGGUUACUUUAAUAUCAUGGUAAUGUUUACCAUAAUAUUAUGGUAACGAUUACUAUAAUGAUAUGGUAAUCAUGGUAACCAUUACCAUUACAAUAUGGUUACCAUUACCAUUACAAUAUGGUAAUAAUUAUCUUAGGGUUAGGAUAAUCAUUACUAUCACAAUUUAAUAAUAAUUACCUCUAUAGUAUGGUAAUCAUUAUUAUGAUAUUAUAGUAACUAUUACCAUGAUUCAUGAUAACUAUUUCCAGAAUAUUAUAGUAUUUUACUAUAAUAUGAUGGUAAUUAUUACCAUAAUGUAUGAUAAACAUUACCGGAAUAUUAAAGUAACUCACCACAAUAUUAUAGUAAUUAUUACCAUAAUGCAUGGUAAAAAUUACCUUAAUAUCUGAUAACCAUUACCAUAAUGCAUGGUAAAAAUUACCUUAACAUAUGAUAACCAUUACCAUAAUAUAUGGUAAUCAUUACGUAAAUAGUAUAGUAAUAAUUACCAUGAUGAGUGGUAACAAUUACCUCAAUACACGAUAACCAUUACCAUAAUAUAUGGUAAAAAUUACCAUAAUGUAUGAUAACCAUUACCAUAAUGUAUGAUAACCAUUACCAGGAUAUUAAAGUAACUCACCAUAAUAUUAUAGUAAUUAUUACCAUAAUGCAUGGUAAAAAUUACCUUAAUAUCUGAUAACCAUUACCAUAAUGCAUGGUAAAAAUUACCUUAACAUAUGAUAACCAUUACCAUAAUAUAUGGUAAUCAUUACGUAAAUAGUAUAGUAAUAAUUACCAUGAUGAGUGGUAACAAUUACCUCAAUACACGAUAACCAUUACCAUAAUAUAUGGUAAAAAUUACCAUAAUGUAUGAUAACCAUUACCAUAAUGUAUGAUAACCAUUACCAGGAUAUUAAAGUAACUCACCAUAAUAUUAUAGUAAUUAUUACCAUAAUGCAUGGUAAAAAUUACCUUAAUAUCUGAUAACCAUUACCAUAAUGCAUGGUAAAAAUUACCUUAACAUAUGAUAACCAUUACCAUAAUAUAUGGUAAUCAUUACGUAAAUAGUAUAGUAAUAAUUACCAUGAUGAGUGGUAACAAUUACCUCAAUACACGAUAACCAUUACCAUAAUAUAUGGUAAAAAUUACCAUAAUGUAUGAUAACCAUUACCAUAAUGUAUGAUAACCAUUACCAGGAUAUUAAAGUAACUCACCAUAAUAUUAUAGUAAUUAUUACCAUAAUGCAUGGUAAAAAUUACCUUAAUAUAUGAUAACCAUUACCUUAAUAUAUGAUAACCAUUACCAUAAUAUAUGGUAACCAUUACCAUAAUAGUAUAGUAAUUAUUACCAUGAUGUAUGGUAACAAUUACGUCAAUACAUGAUGACCAUUACCAUAAUAUAUGGUAACAAUUACCAUAAUCUAUGGUAAACAUUACCAGAAUGUUAUAGUAAUUCACCAUAAUAUUAUAGUAAUUAUUACCAUAAUGCAUGGUAACAAUUACGUCAAUACACGAUAACCAUUACCAUAAUAUAUGGUAACAAUUACCAUAAUGUAUGGUAAACAUUACCAGAAUGUUAUAGUAAUUCACCAUAGUAUUAUAGUAAUUAUUACCAUAAUGCAUGGUAACAAUUACCUUAAUAUCCAAUAACCAUUACUAUAAAAUAUGGUAACCAUUACCAUAAUGUAUGGUAAACAUUACCAAAAUAUUAUAGUAAUUAUUACCAUGAUGUAUGAUAACAAUUACUUUAAUAUACGAUAACCAUUACUAUAAAAUAUGGUAACCAUUCCCAUAAUGUAUGGUAACCAUUACAAUAAUACUAUAAUAACUUACCAUAAUACUAAAGUAAUAAAUACCAUAGCACGUGGUAACCAUUACCAUCAUCUAACGGGAAUAAUAACCAUGAUUGGAUAUGUUCCUAUUUGCUUAUGGGAAUUAUUUCUACAAGUAUGGUAAUAAUUACAAUAAUUCUAUUACCAUGCGAUAUGGGAACUGUUACCAUAAUUAUGGGAAUUGUUACCAUAGCCAUGAAAACUUUUCCCAGAAAAUAUGGGCCUCUACCCUAUAAUUCCAAGUAAUUAUUACCAUAACGGUAUGGAAUAUUUCAUAAAGUUACUAGAAAAUGUUACUACAAAUUUCUCUCCGUGUAUUAUUAUUAUUAUUAGUUAAUAAUAAUUAAUAAAUAAAUUAGAAAAAUGCAAAAAACAGCAAAUGCAAUAAUUUCGCCUCUUUAAAAUUAGAAAAAAAAAUAAAAUAAAAUUUUUUUCACCAUUUUAUUAUUAAAAAGUAAUUAAUUAUCUUUGCUAUUUUAAAAACUCUUGCUAAUAUUUAUCAAUUAUAAUAUGUGAUUAAAGUAAUAAUAAUAAAUAAUUAAAAAGCAAUAAGUAAUUAAAUUAUAAAUUUUGUGCUAUCGUAAAAAAUAAA